AUGGUUACACUUACACGCGCGGAUUUUAACCACCAAAUCAAAUACGAUCCUGAACCAGAAGAUGCGGGCACAAUUAGAGUCAAUGCAAGGAUCUUCGGUAAAGAUGUACCUGCAAGCAAGCUCGUGGUCAAGUCUUUAGCCAGGAAAAUGUACGACAAGGUUAGUUCUACUGGUAAAACGUGCGCAAUUUGUUUUGAAGAAUUUGAAGAUGAAAGAAGUGUUGUUGUGAUUUUACCUUGUGGACAUGUCUUUGACGAUGAGUGUGCCGUAAAGUGGUUUGAGAUCAAUCACGUUUGCCCACUGUGUCGUUUCGAGCUGCCAUGCGAAGAUCAAUGA